AUGAAGCUAAAGUACGGUACCUGGCCAGGACAACACCAGGUUGGAGGCACUCGCAGCGGUGGUCGGUUCGAUGGAUCGGAUUGUAUCGUGAAGCAAGGUGGCCGCCCUCAUCCACCCAAGGUCAUCCAGUUUCGAGGAUGUCAUUAUUUGGCGGAUGGUCUUUACGGCACUACAUGA